AUGAAAGAAAUUAUCUACAUUCAAGUCGGAUCCUUGGCAAAUCACGUCGGAACUCAUUUUUGGAACGCUCAGCAAUGCUACUUCUCGUAUGAAGAAGGAGACGAGGUGCUGGUCGAUCAUGACAUCUCAUUCCGAGAGGGGAUCUCUCCCGGUGGCGAAGCCACAUUCUGCCCCAGGGUACUAGUACUCGACCGAAAAGCCAAUUUUGGCUCUCUUUCGAAAGACAGUGGCCUAUACGGUGACGAGACCGACGGGCCCGGUGCGGACCCUGAACUCUGGUCUGGCAAUGUGGAUGAGCUGCGGCAGCCAUCUAUUUCCACGAGCGUGUACCAGAAACACUUGGACGAGGAGAUUGUAGAAGAUCCUGCUGAUGCCCGUGGUGAAGCUGGCGCUGAAACCCGAGAUGGUCAACUUCAAGCCCCGAUCCUGCGCGCGAGUGAGGUCCGUUACUGGUCCGACUUCAGUCGUGUGUACUACCUCCCUCGGUCUCUACACCAAUUGCCCGAUGCUCUGGACUUCGAGAACUCGGACGAAGAUUGGCUGGAGGGGAAGACCGCAUUUGAACGUUAUGAUGCUGAGCACUCACUCAUCGAGGACUCAUUCCGACUCUUUGUGGAGGAGUGCGACGCAUUUCAAGGCAUCUCGCUCACCGCCGACACGGCUUCAUUCGGGCCAUUCUCCGUUGCUAUGUUGGACACGCUCCGCGACGAAUAUCCGAGAACACCCAUACUAGGCUUCCCCAUACUCAGCGGUGUUUCUCCUGGAGUGGCUGCUACAGGCGAUCUGCGCAAGACUCGAAGAGCUCUCAAUGAUGCACGGUUAUUGCAUGCGCUAGCCGAGUCUGAUGUCACCAGUGUACCUCUACAGAACCCGUCUACAUGGUCUUGCGGGUCUUGGCCUGAGGACAUACACUUAUAUACAGAUCGCAUCUACGAAACAUCCGCUAUUCUUUCCGCCCAUAUCGAGUCAAGCACGCUACCGCUGAGGCUCAAAGCUGAAUCGACCGGCUUACUGGAACUGUGCUCGAAGCUGAAUGUCUAUGGAAACACCCCGUUCGCGGAGCUGAGCGGCGUUUUGCCGGCCGUAGACUCCAGCGCAGUCCUUGAGCAAAGACGACAGAACUUUACUUGGUUCAGGGAUAGUGGUGUAGUGAAGACACAUAGCGACGUCUGGCUAUUCCGCCGAGACGUCAUCCGAGGUCCCCGACGCGCAGAUGACGCGGAGCGGUCCGUGAUGUACAGCGGAACACUGCCGAUUGCCAGCUUUGCUGCUCCUAUUGAGUACCCGCUGCCGACCUCCUUCCCGUACUUCUUUAAUGCACCGCAUCUCAACAAACGCUCUCGACGAACGCCUCGCGGAAUCUUGACACAACCGCGCACAGUUCCCAUUGUGUCUUCUUUAGGCGUACGGAAGGAUGGCUUGCCGAAACUAUUAGGGCGAUACGCGUCAUUCGUCGACGACUGCGCGCGGUAUAAGGUCGACUGGCAGGCUCUUGGGAUCGAGCAGGACGAAGCAAGAGAACUCGGCGCGAGUAUCUGGACCACCGUGGAUAACUUCGGCGCGAUAUCUGAAACUUCAGACGAGCUUGGUGAAGACGAAGAGCGAUAG